UUGGCAAAAUCAAGGGGAGAGAAGUAAUUAGUUAAUGUCAAAAUGUAGUCAAAUUUAAUUGUUUUAAUAAAUGAAAGAAAAUAUUUUAUUAUUCAUUUAUUUGAUUAAUCGUUAAGCAGGCAAGAACCUACAUUUGAUAUCGGAUUUCAGUAAAACGCAGAGAUCAGAGGCGGCUCCUGAAAGAUCAAGAAUGUCAUCUAAAUCUAACUACAUUUAGUUAAUGAACAAGAGUUGAUCAGUGUAUUGAAAACUAUCUAAAUGUUUAGUUUGUAAUGUAACUAAACAUUUAUAAUUUGAAACAGAUUGUAAGCUUUUUUAAAUUUUAAAAUUACAUAAAACGUGUCUUCUAUUUGUUUUAAAAUGAACUCAACAAGAUCAAGAUUGAAUAGAUCAUCAAGAUCAUCAUCAUCGUCAUCAUCAUCAACUGAAAUAGGAAAAAAUGCUGCUCGUGAACGAUCAAGAGUCCGAUCAUUGAGGUUAGCAUUUCAUCGACUACAAAAUUCAAUUCCAAAGAUUCCACCGGAUACUAAAUUGUCAAAGCUAGAUGUGCUACUAUUGGCAACUGAUUACAUUGCAUCUUUAACCAAACAGUUGAGUGAAAGUGAACCAUUAACAGAAACUGACAUAAUUGAAGCCAAAGAACCUGUUGAUGAAAAAAUAUUACAUCCAAUAAAGAAAUGGCCGAUGAGGUCUCGAUUAUAUGCUAGUGCUGAUAUCAAUUCAAGUUAUGAUUCAAGUUCGGCUGUUGCGAGAGUUGACUCUUUGGAUUUUCCUGAUUCAAGUUGUUUCCUUCUGGACAAAAUUGAACCAAUAAAUACGGACGAAUGGGAUGCAGUUGAUUUCAAUAUUUUUUAUGACGAUUUAAGUUCUUUAUCAUCUUUUCCGAAUUUACAAUAACUGGCGAGAAUUUCAAUGUCUAGUAAAUCAUGGUAUGAUACA